GGCUCUAGCGAAUACCGUCACCUUACUCGGGACAACUCAUACUUACCUUUUAUCAGGGUUUUGUCUUUGGUGGGUCUCGUGGCGAAGCAGAUCGACGAUGGCUGCGCGAACGUCGCUGUUGUCCAAAAUAUUCUGCGCGCUGGCUUCAACCGUUCUAUUGGCCAGUCAUGUAGCAGGCCAGUCGUGUUCAAACUUUGGCACUGCAUCCUCCUCCAGCUGCCUAUGCCCUCCUGGAUUUGGUGGUUCGAACUGCUCGGAACCCGCUUGUGGCGGUACUAUCUUUGACGGUUCAAAUCGCACUCUCGCGUCAUCGACGUCAGGAGGUUUUCCUAACCUGACAGCCUCUGGCUGCUCUUGCUCUAGCGGGUGGACUGGUACUGGGUGCAAUGUAUGUACUACUUCGUCCGCGUGUCAAACAGCGUGGGCCGCUGUCAAUGGCAAUGCCAGCGCAAGUGCUGGGCUAGCUGCGGCGUCGGGCGUAAACGACACCCUAGUUUGUAAUACACAACCAACGGUAUAUGCAGCCGGUGAGAUAAGCUGCCAGGUCAACAAUCCUACCUUGCAAUCACUCUUCCCGUUGCAAUCUAAUUUGAAUAUUCUCCGCACCUACAACAGUUCGCUCUCUCCCUUGCACAAUACUUCUGGCACUCUUCUUUCUCCAAAUGGAUCUUCGGCAGCGUAUGCCCAACUCUUCUACGCCGGCGUCGAACAAUUCUCGUGUACCGCCUCCCCCUGUACGCAGUCGACCUCGGGUUCAACAGACACAUGGACUUGCUCCAAUCUGCAAUGCGCUUGCUUCGAGGGCACCGCAUUCUGUGGAGGUGUUCCGUCUCUGAGCCUCAAUGGUACUAUAAACGCACUCAGUGGCAGCCUCACAGUUUCUUGCAACGGCGAUACAUGUAAUUUCCAACAGGAGGUUCUCAACGGUCUCUUCGGCUCAAGUGGGUUGGCUUUGCAAGGAUGCGUUUUCGGGGAAUGCGUCAGUCAGGCUGUGAUAGAUUCCUCCAACGCGAAUUCAACCUCGACUGGAAGUAAUUCUUCACAGCUAGGCGGAGGUGUCAUUGCUGGUCUUGCUGUCGUGGGUGCCUUACUCGGAGCUGGCAUCAUCGCUGUCGUAUGGGGAUUGUUCCUCCAACGCGCUGCGCGCAACAAGCCAUUCGAUGGUGGUGCAGCAGGUGGUAUCGGCGUUCGUUGGUCAGACGUCUCCUAUUUCAUACGACCAUCGGGCACAUUCAAAGGUUCAAUAUUCUCUCCCUCCGGACAUGCUAAUGGAGAAAAAACUAUCCUGGACGGCGUUAGCGGAACUAUUGGUCCAGGGAUGUUGAUGGCUGUCCUCGGUCCCAGCGGUGCGGGGAAGACGACGUUGGUAGAAUUGAUCGCUGGGAAACCCAAGUCGGGGCUAUUCACAGGCUCCAUAACAUUCCCUCCUCUGCCUGCUGGUAAACGCCCUCGUGUAGCAUUCGUACCGCAGACGGAUGUGCUGCCUGCAUUCUUGACGGUCCGGGAGGCUUUGAUAUUCGCAGCGUCUCUACGCCUACCAGAAUCGCUAUCGGAAGAAAGGAAGGCGGCUAUUGUCGACGCUGUGAUUGAAAAACUAGGUUUGGAAGGUGUUGCAGAAACUAGGAUUGGCGCGACAGAUGGAUCAGGCCGUGGCAUCAGUGGGGGUGAGGCACGCCGAGUGAGUAUCGGGUUGGAGCUUGUCGGAUGCCCUGAUAUUCUCGUGUGUGAUGAGCCAACGAGUGGUUUGGACUCUGUAAGUGCGUGGCGCGUCGUUUCCGUGCUUAAGGAAGUUGCGAGAGGAGGAGGCGGGUUAUUCGGUGCCAUAGAAGGCGAAAAGAAUAAUAGUCGAGGUGUUGCGGUUAUUUGCAGCGUCCAUCAACCAAGCUCGCGACUUUACCAUGCUUUUGACUCCGUUAUGCUCCUUUCACACGGACGUGCGUUAUAUUCAGGCCCCGGUGGACUUGCGCCUGCCCAACACUUCAAGGUUAUUCGUGAUGCAGAGGUUGCACAAGAUAGUAUUUCAGAGAUGCCAGAGUACGAAGAAGGAUACAACGUCGCGGAUUACCUCCUUGAGAUCGCAAGUGUUGCUCCAGUCGGACUUUUCUCCUCUUCACGCGUGAUGGAAAGCACUGUUAAUCAGUCGCAAGACUUGAGUGGUCCCAGCGCGAGUCCAACCGCUGACGAAAAGCCUGCUGGUGCAGCCGAUGUAGAAGCUUUAUCGAAUCGCAGCAAGCCAUCCCGAGGCGACUACGCUACAACGUUCCUCACCCAAUUUCAGGUGUUAUGCGGGCGAGAAUGGAAGAUAAUACGGCGAGACAAGACGUUGUUCCUUACCCAUGUUACAAUAGCCGCUAUUUUAGGGGUAUUCUGUGGUGGACUGUAUUUCCACACUGGUAUCACCAUCGCAGGCUUCCAGUCUCGAGUGGGAUGUCUAUUCUUCCUGGGAUCAUUGACCGCAUUUUCGUCGUUGAGUGCAUUGUAUAAUGUCGUGGAAGUUCGUUCGUUAUUCGUUCGCGAACGGUCCAAUUCAUACUACAGUCCGACCGCGUGGUUGUUAUCCCGAAUUUUGUUCGAUGUUAUACCAUUGCGAGUCCUUCCGACUAUCAUUGUAUCGACCAUUACAUAUUGGAUGGCAGGCUUGUCUCCCGAAGCUUCCAGGUUCUUCAAGUUCCUCUUCAUUCUCGUAUUGUACACGCUCGCCAUGACCCUCUGGAACUUCUUCCUUGCCACUUCUUUCCGCAACGGCGGGAUUGCAAUUUUGAUAUCCGCCCUUUCGGCAUUAUACCAGAUGACAUAUGCUGGCUUCUUCGUGCACUUGACGUCCAUUCCGCCGGUGUUGAGGUGGCUCCAAUGGCUUUGCCCCCUCAAGUUUUGCCUGGAGGCCCUUUCCGUAAACGAAGUUGGAUCUGGACUCACGAUCCAAGAUACCUUGCAAGGUGUCCCCAUCAGCAUAUCUGCAGCAGUCAUGAUGCAAAUACUGUUUGGUUUCGACCUCAGCAGCUACUAUAGAGAUGUGCUCGUUUUGUUUGCUUUCAUCGCUGGUUUAGGUCUGCUUGUGAUCGGCGUGGUUUGGUACAAGGUUAGGGAACAGCGUUAAACGUCUUACGCGUUCCUACCGUUCUCUUCAUUGCUUUUACUUCUGUUUUUGGGCUGCAUUGUGUAUGAGACAUUGCUUUGACGUCUUUCCUUCUUUUGUCCUCUCCCAUGUCCUGUGACCGUAUUGACGAUGAUUCCUGUGCUUACCCUGUUUACACCUAUGUCUAAUUGACAGUAGCCAAUUUUCUUUCUUGUCUUUGUAGGCUACGGCUUGCUUGUCCACUCGUUUGUUAUAUUCUGCUACCUCAACUGUAGCCGAUUAGAGUCAGAGUCCUAUCGUUGAUACACAGCCACUGCUCUUCCU